AUGGCACAAUCAGAUGAUCAUACAGAUAAUGUCAGGAUAAUUUAUCAACUUGUUGUUCAUCAUUCAACAUUAAAUAAGACUUUUUGUUAUUUAUAUCUCUUCAAUCGUCAACAACAAGUUCGUAUCCAUCUAUGGAUAAUUUAUCAACUUGUUGUUCAUCAUUCAACAUUAAAUAAAACUUUUUGUUAUUUAUAUCUCUUCAAUCGUCAACAACAAGAUAACUUAUCAACUUGUUGUUCAUCGAAUAUUUAUUAUCUUGUUGUUCAACGUCAAACAAUUAAUAAAUCUUUACGUCAUUUACAGUUAUUCGCAUAUCAAGAACAAGUUCGUGUGAGUUACGGUAUUAUCAUACUUGGUCGAAUCACAAGAUCAUUAUUAAUUUGUGUUUUAUUAUCGGUUAGUGAAAAUGAAAGUAAGGUGAAUAAUGAGGGUGGAGUUACAGAAAACAGUCAAUCAACUCAAACGAUGAGUUCUGCAAAACAAUCUCGUGUAUGGGCUUAUUUUGAAAGAAUCUAUGGUGAUCAAGGUUUACAGGCGAAAUGUUUAGUUGGUGAUUGUGCGAAAGUCCUGUCAACACCUCUGCAUUCAACAUCAACAUUGAUUCGACAUUUACGUGAUGUUCAUGAAGUUGACGAAUUUAAGCCAAAGGAAAAGCUGGUACAUCGUUCAAAACAGAAAGGUAUACCAGUUAAAUUAAAAAAGAAAUUGGAUCGUGCUCUAGCUACAACUAAUGAAACAAAUCCACAUGAUUCUGAACUACGCCUUAGUGAUUCUUUACAAAAAAUUAAUAUAAUCGAUGAUGAACAAUCAAUGAAUCAAGUACGUGCUGUUGAAAAUGAUGUUGAAUGUACUGAUACAGAUGAUGAAAAUGAAGAUUCGGAUGAAGAAGAUAAUAAUAAUAUCAAUCAAGAUGAUGAUGGUGGUAAUUUUUCAGAUGAAGGUGAUUCAAUUUCUAUUAAUAGUGAAUCGGAUAUUGAAAGUUCAGAUGAUUCAUUGCAAAAUAACUUUGAAGUUGGUGUUGAUGUACAUCCCAGUGAAAGUUCUGAUUUAUCAUUGCCACAACCUGAUCCACUUAUUUGUUUAGUUGUUGAAAAAAGUCGACUAUUAAUUGAUAUUAUAAAAGAUUCCUCAAUUUUAUCAUCAUUCAUUAAGAAGAAAAAAUAUGAAUAUAAUCAAUACAAUGAUAAUAAAAUAAAGUCUUCAUUAUUCUUAGAUGUACGUACUCGGUGGAAUUCAACAUUUAAGAUGUUGCACACAUUAAAUGUGCACCGACCGAUAAUCAUUGAAUUAUUUCAAAACAAAACAAAUUUGGAUAUAACAAAAAAACAACAACAACGUUUAAAUGCAUUAGAAUUGACAAGUGAUUGUUGGUAUAUAAUUGAAUUAUUAAUUAAAAUAUUGAAGCCGUUUUAUCGAGCUACUAAAGCAAUUAGUGGUAGUGAUUAUCCAACAAUAGGAAUUACAUUAUUUAUUUUUCGUCGUCUUGAAAAAGAUUUCUUAUCCAACAUUAGUCCAACAGAUGAUCCAUUAUUUAAUAAUAUGAAAGAAUGUUUAUUAAGUAAAAUGAUUUAUUAUAAUAUGGUAAAAGAUCCAUCACAAACAAAAACAAUUAUGUUCUAUGGAUACUUCGAUCCUUAUGGUAUAUCAGUUAUGACAAAUAAUGAAAUUAACAAAAUAGAAAAUGAAAUAAAAUAUAUAAUUCGUCAACAAACAUCAAAUAGUUCAACACAAGCAUCAUCAACAACAUCUUCAAAUACAAAUGGAUCAUUAACAACAGAAAAAGAGAAAAAAAAAUCAUUACUCAAUUAUUUUCUUGAUUCAUUAGCUGAUGAAGAUACUCAACAGGUCAAAAAGCAAUCUUCAACGUUAAAUAAAAUAUUAAAUGAUGAAUUUAAAACUUACAAAAAAUUAGCUGGUCAUUUUGUAUCAACAUCAUCUGAUUUAUAUGAUUCACUUCAAUUUUGGAAGAAAAACAAGUUGUUAUUGCCCAACUUGGCACUACUCGCACAAAAAUAUUUAGCUUCUCCAAGUACCAGUACAAAAUCUGAAUCAGCAUUUAGCAUAUCUGCCUAUUAUGGCCGUAAACAACGAGCUAGACUUUCUCCAGAAAAUCUUGGUUUUUCCGUUUUUCUCAAAGAUAAACUAUCAAAUGAAAAUAAAUAG